AUGUUGAGAGGGUCGGUAAGGAAAACCUCACUACUAAAGUCCAAUUCGAUUAAUUUUUUAAGAAAUACUAGAACAACAAUGUUUAUGUCUACUAAAGCUUCAAGCGAUAUUACCGGAACUUCCAAUAAUGGUUCUACUCCUGUUGAACCACCUCAAGUAUUGUUCACAGUUAGAGAUACUGCAAGAGUGGUCACUUUAAAUAGACCGCAGAAAUUAAAUGCCUUAAAUACGAAUAUGUGUUCUAUGAUGUUUAACACUUUAAAUGAAUACUCUAAGUCUGACAUGAUCAAUUUAGUUAUAUUAAAAUCAUCCAACGGGAAGAGAUCCUUCUGUGCAGGUGGUGACGUUGCAACAGUUGCUUCAUGGAAUUUGGCUAAGGAUUAUAACAAGUCUGUCGAAUUCUUCCAACAUGAAUAUUCUUUAAAUUUUCAAUUAUCGACGUUUAAUAAGCCAAUCGUUUCAAUUAUGGAUGGCAUUACUAUGGGUGGUGGUGUCGGUUUAUCCAUCCAUACACCCUUCCGUAUUGCUACAGAGUAUACGAAAUGGGCUAUGCCGGAAAUGGAUAUUGGUUUCUUCCCUGAUGUUGGUGUAACAUUUGCGCUACCAAGAAUUAUCACAAUUUGUAACAAUCAAUCUCAGAUGGCAGCAUAUUUAUGCCUAACUGGUGAUGUUUUAAAUGGUGAAGAUGCCUACACAUUAGGUUUAGCCUCACAUUACGUUACACAUGAGAAUUUAGUAAACCUUGAGAGAAGAUUAGGUGAAGUCACAGAAGUUGAUGUUUUCCGUCAAAGUGAUAAAUAUUCAGAUAAGCAAGAUAGAGGUGAUAAGAUGAUGAAUAUUAUUAAUAACUCUAUCAAAGAGUAUAGUUAUCAAUUACCAGAUAAUUACAAGUUUAGAUAUUCAGAUGUACAACUUGAUGUUAUUGAGAAAUGUUUCAACAUUACAAAAGUACAGAACAUUAAUGACAUUAUCCGUAACUUGGAAUCCUUUGAAGGUUCUGUUGAUGCCAAAAAUUUUGCCCUUGAAAUAAAAGAUAGGUUGUCCAAAAAAUCAUUUACUUCCAUGGACCUUGUCAUUAGAUUAUUGCAAGAUAACUCUAAAGACCAUAUCGAGUCAUCAAUAAGGAGAGACUUAUACACAGCAGCUAACAUGUGUCAUAACAAUGUUGAUGGAUUGUCAGAAUUUUCAGAGGCCACUAAUCACAAAUUAAAUUUGAAAAAUAGAGAGCCAUACCCUUGGAAGAAUAAUUUAAAGGCAAUUUUAUCGACUCAAGUCACUUCAUUGACAUCUCCAAAACCAUCGAUUCCAAUAUCCCUAUUGAAGAAUAAUGUAGAUGUUACUUGGAAUAAUUAUCCGUUCCAUGGUAAAUACCAAUUACCAACAGAAAGUUUUAUUAAAAACCUGAUAUCAAAAAAAGACUUUACCAAGGAAUCACUAAUUCAAUACUUCAUGAACAAUAAUGUCUUUACUAAAGAUAAAGUGGGUGUAAGAUAUAUUUUAAAUAAUAUCAUUAGAAGAAAGUGUAAACCAACUGAAAAAGCUUCGCUACUGAAAUGGGUUGAUUAA